AUGCCAACAACAAGUUCGACUUGGUGGUCGACCCUGUGGGCGGCGAGCCCAUUGGCUGUUGUUGCGCUGCUCAGAACCCCCCUGGCACAGUACACUCCAAGGAGUCGACAAGUCACCAAGACUGGUGGCACCGUGGUGGGCAUCAUCACUGGAACUAGCCUUCAGGGGGCGCCCUGUGGAGCGAUCGCAGCUGUGUGCUGCUCCUGCUUGCCGGCACUAUGUGGCUACAAAGUCAUGAGCGCCUGUGGACUGGCCCCGAAGUUCGUGGGGCCUUUCAUGCUCCGCGCCAACGAGGCGAAGGUGGACUUGACCCGACUCCGUCAAUGGGUAGAUCAGAAGCUUUUGCGCACUGAGAUCGCGGAGGUUUAUAGCUUUGCGGAAGCACCGAAGGCCCUGGAGACGCUGGAGGAGGGCGGCGGGCACAACACGCAGAAGACGAAGACCAAAGCCUUCCGCGGGAAGGUGGUAGUGAAGGUGGCAAGACUGAAGGUGUUUGGAGCGGUCGUGCGGACACUUUCAGGAUUUUUUUAUGACCUGGACCCGGACCCGGACCCGACUUCAGGUACCCAUAAUAAAUGGGAGAACGCUUGGAAGCACUUUGAAGGCUUGGGGAAAAGAUGUGCAUGA